AUGCCCUGGUCCUUCGUCCUCCCACAGGCAAUCUUUGCCUCGCCGCUCCUCGCAACCCUAACGCCCAUCGCAACGGGCUCGACAGUGGGCUAUCUCGUGAACCGUGCGCCACGGCACAAAACCAAAAUACCACACCCUGCGCCAACCCCCGGGCAGCCCACCCCCCUGGCUCUUCCCGCCCGUCUGGACGCUCCUCUACGGCCUAACGGGGUACGCGUCAUACCACUUCACAACGCACACGCUCGAGCCGGAAACAACCGUCCUGCAGAGCCUGUACACCGCGCAGCUGGUCCUCAACCACCUCUGGAUGCCGCUGUUUUUCGGGGCGCGCAAGCCGGUUCUCGCGGCGGUGGAUAUGGUGCUUCUUGGUGGGACGGUGGGCGCGAUGAUGCGGGAGCUUUUCGUGGCUGA